AGUGCAAAGCCGGAAGUGGAAUUAGGUUAUUCCCCAGGGGUGGGGAAACAAGAGGCCCUGUAGGAGGGGGAGAAAAAAAAAAAAAAGGCAGAAGAUCCUGGCUACUACUGUGAUCCGGAUACCGAUUCUUUUAGAACUCAGAGAACAGCAAAAGGGAAGGGUGUCUUAUCCCCCUUCCUCCCCUCCUCCCUCUUCUCAGCCCUAGCCAUGGCUGAGGCAGGGGCUGGGCUGAGUGAGACCGUCACUGAGACAACGGUUACCGUGACAACCGAGCCCGAGAACCGGAGUCUAACCAUCAAACUUCGUAAACGGAAGCCAGAGAAAAAAGUAGAAUGGUCAAGUGACACUGUGGACAAUGAACAUAUGGGGCGUCGUUCAUCAAAAUGCUGCUGUAUUUAUGAAAAACCUCGGGCCUUCGGUGAAAGCUCCACUGAAAGUGAAGAGGAGGAAGAGGAAGGCUGUGGUCAUACACACUGUGUACGGGGCCAUCGAAAAGGACGGCGUCCUACAACUCCAGGAGCGACCCCUACGACCCCUCCUCAGCCUCCUGACCCCUCCCAGCCUCCUCCAGGGCCAAUGCAGCACUAAAUUCCUCUCCCCUACCAUUCCUGUGUCUGUCUGGCCCUGAAUGUAUCCAUGUGGCUACCUGAAACUAAACCCUUGGUUUGAUCCCUACUCUAGCCCCCUCCUUCCCUCUCUGUCUGAUAGGGAGAAGAGAAAGAGGAGGCUGGACAGAGAUCCUAGAAUCCUGACUUGCUGCUAUUCCAGAACCCAGGCCUUUGGGUUCCCUUAGCCCUCAUUUCAGCCCCUUUACCCCCCAGUUCCCCUUGUAGGGAUCUAGGCAUCUUGGUCCCAAUCUCUUCCCUUUAUUUUCACUGCCAAACUGCCUGUCCUGGGAUCCAGUUAUCUUGGCCCCCUGCACUGUCGACUUGAGUCCAAACACUGAAAUUGGGUUUUCAAUGAUCCCAGCUUUCACUGCCAGGGUCCCAGUCAGAUUCCAGGCAAUUUUGCCCCAGCUAUGCUUGUUAAUCCUGGCUUAGAUAUCUUCCAUUUAUACACAUAUAUAGUCUAAUUUUUAGUCCUUGCCUGUGGGAUAUGAGAAUUUAAGGGAGACCACAGGGCUCCCAGCACUUCCCCUGCCGAUCCGUUCUGCCCUUAAAAGGAGUCUGUAGAGAGGUCUUUGCCAGUCAUUCACACCUCUGAUGGAAAGUGGAACAGGAAAUAGUCUUGUCAUCUCUCCCCACCCUAGUCAUUUGCCAGGAACCCUAGGGUUCCUAGGCUUAAGACUUGAGUAAAGGAUUUUCUCAGCCUUUAGUCGUUCAGCUUCAGAGACAUCUAGUACAGCUCCACAGCCUGGGUCAGUGGGAGAGGAAAGCAAUGGGAGACAGCAAAGAGAAGGGGCAUACUGUACUGCUACCCCAUCCUUCCUAAGCUUUGAUGUCUCCACUAACCCAAAGGGUGGGCUGCCUCAGCCCUCCCUACACCUGGUUAUCAUUUCCCAGGCCUCUUGCCAUGCACAGUUGCAGAGAUCAGUCAGAUCUUUACCACCACUGAGAUCUCAUUUAUUGCCACAAAUGCACAAAAUAAAUAACCCAACAUCA